AAACUGGGUUAGUGAUCGAUCAUUUUGCUUUAUUUCAGCUUAUUUCCGAUGUGUCACAGAGGAGCAUGGUGUGGACUUGAACACUAAGAACUACGCUCACAUGAAGCGAACUACAUGCCAGGCUCGAACAAGGAACCUACGUCUCUUGGUCCAGUCCAGUUCGUCCUCGGACAAUGGAAAUUCGUCUGUCAGUUUUUCAAAGCAAAAAGAGGAAGAGCUACUGCGGCAGCAGAGACAAAGAGACCAUCUGAUUAUCAACCAGCAACAGCAACAAGCGCCGCCAUCAUACAUGUCCGUUCAACGAAGGGACCGGCUCGUGAAGGAUUCCCAAGGCCCGCAAGUUUUGGCCCGCAGGGUCCAGGAAGUGCCUGUUCACUCAAGCAGAGUGGCACACGUGAAUUCAGAACAUAACCAUAAAAAUGGUUGGGAAGAACAAUACGCCUCCACCCUACCCCUGAAAGUUAAACCCACCGUGUAUUCAAGUGGCCAUUACGUAAGUAAACCACAACCGCACAAAUCCGCCUCCAGUAGGGUAGUGUCGGGAGUUUGCACGCAGCAGAUCAAACCGGACUCUAUGUGCUACAGCCCUGUUCAUUACGACCGAGAAAACGAAAUCGCCGCCAGGAUUCAAAACUGUAAUAUACGCGCUCCGAGUCCGGACCCGAGCGCGGAUUACACCACAGUCAUCACUGUCGGCGAAAGCAGGCCGAAGAUUUCCGAAAACCGCCGACCACCGCCGCCGACGAGACGCGUGUCGAGUUCGAUUUACAUUUCACCCUCAAAUCCGUCCAAUUCUAGAACUGCUUCGGCCGAUUCUUACGACGCGACGGUUUAUAGAAGUAACGAAAGUCCAAACCCAGCGACUAUCGCAAUAAAUCGGUCGAGACCCAAGGUUUUUUACGCAGGAAAUUCAGUGGUGAACUCUCAGUCAUCAAUCCGCGAUCGCCCUCCCUCCCCCGCGCGAUCAAUGGAUGAGUUAGACUAUGUACGUCCAACCCGCAGUGGUUAUGGUCCGCGGCCUGUUAAUUGCGUGCCACCCCCUCCAUAUAAGCCGUUACACCAGCGUGAACAUCUCAAGAGUUUUUCAACGUCGACGUUGUCCAAACCUUGGCAUCACUCGGGCUCGGCCGAAGAAUCUUCCGCGUCCAAUGCUCGUGAUCUUCGGCAAGUUUCGGCGCGGAUUAUCACGGAUCGGCCGGUUUGCGAAAGAUGCCGAUGUGUGCCGAUUGAUAGACGACAACGAUUGUGUGCCGGCUGUGAGCAAGAGCUGUAUCAGAUACAUUCCAACAGUGGUAGACUUUAUUGAGGCUUGAUGUCACCUGGAGGGAAUGGUUAGGUAGUUCGAGUAAACAGUUAUUUCCCUUCUCGCUGUCUACUCCAUAAAGGCUUUUGUUGUAUUUCCGUACAAGUGCGCGUGGUUUGUAUUUGCAUUACGCGCGUGGUAAAUACAAGGCACGUGCUGCAUGAUUGGAUAUAGACAAGAGGAAGCGCCUUUUUCACAUCGCUCCCCAAGUGCCUGUCCCUCUAUGAUCCGCCCAGGAGCCUCUGCGGGGAAGAAAUCUUCGCCCGAAAAACGUCCGAAAUUCAACCUGAAGAAUUUCCACACUGGCUUUUACUUGUGCGCAAAUCCACAUGAGUGUUGAAUUUUACUGGUCGAAUUUCAAACUUGCCGCAUUGUGGCUAUAUUUAAAAUGCUAACCAGUUUAAACUGUAUUUAUAUCUAACCCUUAAACAGGGUUCGUAUUGCUCUUGGAAUUCCUGUUAAAAGUUCUAGACUGUUACAGUUUGGCUCUAGAGAUCGGGACAACUUUUUGAAAAUUCAAUUUUUUCUGUCACUCCUCAAGGAAAACUCAUGGUAUUUUAUAGUUACCUUGAGAAAACAAGAGAAUUGCUGAAAUGACCUUCUCCUUGAACAUCAAGUCUGUUGCUCGAAAAGAAUUAUAUUUUUUUAAACAUUUACACCAUAACAUUUACCCUGGAAACUCGCGGAAUUUCAUCUCUCUGAGUAGUACGAACCCUGUUAAACGUCCAGCAGCAAUGCAUGAGAUCAGUGUAUAGAUUCUCCUUAUCUUUCUAUAGUGAAUUUUGGUGCAAAGGCUAGGAGAAUAAAGUACCUGGUCACCGUAGAGAGAAACAAUUAGUGACUCGAGAGGGAAAAUUGUAGGAAAUGUUUGUAAUAAUUAUAUACAAUCAGGGUUGAUCCUGGUUGUAAAAAGUUAAAAAGUGGUGUGUAUAUGUAUUAUAUUGAAGAGUUACCUAUUUUUAUUUGAUUACACGAGGAUUAUUUUAAUUAUGUUUUUUCUUGUUCGAAAUCUUUCUGUUUAUAGGUCUAAAACGAUAAGUGUUGGAUUCUCGAUCAAGUUAAUGUGUUUUUGUGAAAUACUAUAAUACCUCUGGUAACAGUUCAGUAACAUUUUUUGGAAGUGCACCGUUUCUGAAACACAGUUUUCUAUGUCGAUGUUGGUUACGAACGCAACAAGUUUCAGUCGUUAUGACUGAGUAGCUAGUGCGUUAUAUCUCGUAACCCUGAGCAAGCUCUCCUGGGAGUUGAGGGUGUCUGUUUUCCCCCAGCCCUACCCCUAGAGAGCUUGCUAACCCCGUUAGCUACACGUUAUAGAGCGGUUUUGUCUUGAGUGUCGAAAAGUAAUAGGUUUUGAACUGCUAGGCAACACGAUUGGCUUAAAAAACUCGCGCUACUUUUUCAUCCAAUCAGAAGUAAAAUCAAG